AACAUAACAGCAUUUGGGUUUCGUGAUUGCCCAUCUGCCCGUCCCUGCCCGCUUCUCCGACCUUGAGACGGAACUCUCUCUCUUUCCUACCUCACCUCUUAGAGUCUGCGUCAGAGUCAGACACACCAUAAAAUACUAUAAAAACAUCAAAAAAAAUUAAAAAAUAUAAAUCUCUCAAGUAAAAAUCUAACAAACAUCACUCACUCUUAGACUCGCUGCCCCUUUUCUUUUUAACCCUUUUGAAUUAAACCCUAAGCGGCCCAAUGCCGCCUUCACGGUCUAGUCCUCCGGAGCUACGUCAUGUUGAUCCAAGGAUCUGGCGAGCUUGUGCCGGCUCUUCCGUUCAGAUCCCCACCGUUAAUUCUAGGGUUUAUUACUUCCCUCAAGGCCACCUUGAACAAGUUUGCGGUUCCACUCCCAAACUGUCCUCUCUCGUACUGUCUAGGCCUCUCAUCAAUUGCGUUAUCUCAGACGUUCAUUAUCUUGCCGAUCCGAGAACCGAUGAGGUCUUCGCUAAGCUUUUACUCACCCCUGUUGAAACUUCUAGGCUUCCUAAUCAAUUUCUAAAUGUGAAUGGUGAAGUUGAGGAUUCUGAUAGGAAUAAGAUCGUGUCGUUUGCUAAGGUUUUAACACCCUCUGAUGCCAACAACGGCGGUGGAUUCUCCGUCCCGCGGUUUUGUGCCGAUUCUGUUUUCCCGCCGCUCGACUACAAUGCUGAUCCGCCAGUUCAGACUCUCUCCGUCACCGACGUUCGCGGCGGUGUUUGGGAGUUUCGUCACAUUUAUCGAGGGACGCCACGUAGGCAUCUGCUCACUACGGGAUGGAGCAAGUUCGUUAAUCAAAAGAAGCUUAUCGCCGGCGAUUCUGUUGUUUUCAUGAGGGACUGUAAUUGGAAAAUGUUUAUUGGAGUCCGACGAGCGAUGAAGGCGGGAGAAGGCGGAGGGGAUUCUGGGAGGUGGAGAGAGCCGAGUGAUGGAGGAGCAAUGAAAGGGGAAGGAAGGGGGAGGAUGACGGCGGAGGCAGUGGCUGAAGCGGCGGAGAAGGCAGCGAGGGGGUUCCCGUUCGAGGUUGUGUAUUAUCCUCGGGCCGGUUGGACUGAUUUCGUGGCAAGGGCGGUGUUGGUGGAGGCUGGAAUCAGUACUUACUGGGCUGCGGGGACCAGAGUGAAGAUGGCAGUUGAGACGGAGGACUCCUCGCGAUUGGCUUGGUUUCAAGGGACAGUUAUGUCUGCUGCUGUACCGGAUUCUGGCCCCUGGAUUGGCUCGCCUUGGCGAAUGCUUCAGGUUGCUUGGGAUGAACCUGAAGUUCUCCAGAAUGCAAGGAAAGUGAACCCAUGGCAAGUUCAAAUUUCUUCCUCCUCACCGCUUCAUUCCUCGUUCCCCUCGGAAAAGAGGCUGAAGUUUUCUCAGGAUUCAGGGCUGGCUGAUGCAGAGGGUGAAAUCUUUCCUAUAUCAGGGUUAACUAAUUCAACAAUGGGGUAUUUGAAUCCAUCACUGUUGAAUUACAAUUCUUUUCCUGCUGGCAUGCAGGGAGCCAGGCAAUAUCAUUUUCACUUGCAAAGUUUAACCAACGAUAUGAGUGAGAAUACCCCAAUGAUGUCCACUGAUAACUUCUCUGGCAACUAUGUGGUACCCAAGCCAACUAGGAUAUCCACUGAGCUCAAUAUUGGCAGUUCACAGUCUGACAACUUGUCACCUGAUAGUCAGAGCAGCAUGGUUUCCUUUGGCACGGAACUUAUCGAACAUGGGGGUUGCAACUCAAGCAAAGUAGGUGUUGGUUCGUUUCGAUUGUUUGGCAAGAUAAUUGCUUUGAAAGAGCCUGUCAGAAGCAGAUUUGAUGAUGUUGGUUGUAUGGAUGAUGUUGGAGGUAAAAGGCAUGAUGAAGCUGUGAGUGAAAAGAACUCCUUAGAUCUGUCAUUGACUUAUGGCUGUUCGAAGCUGCUUGACAGGCUUGAUGUCCAAUGCCAACGAGCCUCAACUUUUGAAGGCUUCUCCUUGUGAAUGAAUUGUUGUCCAGAUCAUGCAGAUGAGUAACUGUUUAGGUAAUUUUAGGCAGGCAGGCAGGCAGUCAGGAGGUUGACACCUAAUAUGAUUUUAUCUCUAGUUGUUUACUUGCUCAUAUAAAUACGUGCUUAGGUUUUGAUUCUAGUCUGUUCAAAGAUGUUGAUAUUUGACACAAUCUCGGUUUUUUUCCCCUUUUUCUUCUUGGUACUAAACGACAGUGGAAAUUUUUUUGUGUGUGUGGACGGAUGCUUAGAUUGGAAUUGGAGUUAGAGCAAAUUAGUUGACUCUGCCAUUUCCGUGUUACAUUAUCUUUUCUGGGCUUUUGUUCUUGCUAAUAUGAUUAUGGUCAAAUUUUGAUUUUGGUCUUUUGACUAUCACCAAAUUUGAAAUUUAAUUUUGAUAUUGACAA